AUGUUUUCGCAACAGGUCUCUUGGUAUAAAGUCGAUCUAGACGAGACCGCGUUAGGUCCUGACAUAGUCAAGCUGUUAUCUGGGUACAGUGGGAUCUCAGAGCCUGAGCAGCCCGCCCACAUCAAGAGUAUUCGCAACGAAGCAUGGCAGACAUUCCCUUUUCCUUGCAUCGGCCAGUUCAUGUUCCUUCGCCUCCGCCUUAGCACUUACUCAUUCUACCCUCGCCUGCUCUCCUACCUCUCGCAGGCCGCGGACAAGGACAAGCCGCCGCCCCUCUUUCUUGAUCUGGGUGCAUGUCUGGGCCAGGAAGUGCGCAAGCUGGCGUUUGAUGGUGUUCCGGUCUCGCAGCUUUUCAUGGCGGACCGUUUCAUCGGAUACAAGACAUGUGCCGCAAGGCUGUUUCGUGACGCCGACGGGCUCGGCGACAACUACAUGCUGUUUGACGUUUUUGCACCCGGAAGUCAGGGUCUAGGGGAGAGAUGUUUAGACGGCAGGUUCAGUGUUGUUGCGCUGGUCAAUGUCCUGCAUCUUUUUGGCUAUGACGAUCAGGUGAGGAUCUGCUGUCGCGUGGUCACGGAGCUGUUAUUGCAGAAAGAAGAGGUUGUCAUUGUUGGCUCUCAGAUGGCUGCAACUUCUAAAGGCGGACCUGUCAAGCUUCCAGGGGCGGUUGAUGAUCACGACGGGGGUGGUGGUCGUGGUCGUGGCCUGAUUGCCACCCGUGACCAGCUAGACAAGAAUGAGUUGCAGCAGAUUGAUCAUGACAAGAAGGCCUUUCAUAUGAUGGCAAAGGUGUUGCUGCCGACAGAGGAAACGGAAGUGGAGGAGAGGAAAAGUGGUGAGGUUAUGAAGGCUUUUGAUGGCACCGCCCCGUCAAAGCAGAGCAAGGAACUUUUCGCCCACGACGUUACAAGCUUCAAUUUGUUUUGGGAGGACGUUGGGAAAGCAUGCGGUGGUGUCAAGUUCAACGUCAACGCGCACAUGGUGCCCAUGGUAGAUGAGGGAUUAGGAAUGUGGGAAAGAGAUUCCAAGUGGCUUGUUUUUUGGGUUGAAAGAAUUUAG